AUUUGAAUAGUUGCUUCUCUUCUUUUAGGUUGUGGUAUACAAAGAAAAUGAAGAUCUGUUGCAUUGGAGCUGGUUAUGUUGGUGGGCCUACAAUGGCCGUGAUUGCACUUAAAUGUCCGGAUAUUGAAGUGGCUGUUGUCGAUAUCUCUGUGCCUCGAAUUGCUGCCUGGAACAGUGACCAGCUCCCUAUCUAUGAGCCUGGUCUUGACGAUGUUGUGAAACAAUGUCGUGGCAAGAACCUUUUCUUCAGCACUGAUGUAGAGAAACAUGUGCAUGAGGCUGAUAUCGUCUUUGUUUCUGUCAACACUCCCACCAAGACUAGGGGCCUAGGAGCUGGCAAAGCUGCAGACCUUACAUAUUGGGAAAGUGCUGCGCGCAUGAUCGCGGACGUAUCGAAAUCUGACAAGAUUGUCGUGGAGAAAUCGACAGUCCCUGUCAAAACUGCUGAGGCAAUUGAAAAGAUUCUCACCCAUAACAGCAAGGGAAUCAAAUUCCAAAUCCUUUCGAACCCAGAAUUUCUUGCUGAAGGAACUGCAAUUCAAGAUCUUUUCAACCCCGAUCGUGUUCUUAUUGGAGGGCGGGAAACCCCAGAAGGCAAUAAAGCUGUCCAAGCAUUGAAGGCUGUUUAUGCAUAUUGGGUCCCUGAAGAGAGAAUUCUUACCACCAAUCUUUGGUCUGCAGAGCUUUCCAAGCUUGCUGCCAAUGCUUUCUUGGCUCAGAGGAUCUCAUCGGUAAAUGCCAUGUCUGCUCUUUGUGAGGCAACUGGGGCUGAUGUUACGCAGGUCUCCUAUGCUGUUGGUAAGGACACGAGGAUUGGACCCAAAUUUUUGAAUGCUAGUGUUGGUUUCGGCGGAUCCUGCUUCCAGAAGGAUAUUCUAAAUCUGGUUUACAUCUGUGAGUGCAAUGGCCUUCCUGAGGUGGCAGAGUACUGGAAGCAAGUCAUUAAAAUCAAUGACUAUCAGAAAAAUCGAUUUGUUAACCGUGUUGUAUCCUCAAUGUUCAACACUGUUUCAAACAAGAAGAUUGCUAUUUUAGGGUUUGCCUUUAAGAAGGAUACGGGUGAUACUAGGGAGACCCCUGCCAUUGAUGUAUGCAAAGGACUUUUGGGGGACAAAGCUCGGUUGAGCAUAUAUGAUCCACAGGUCACCGAGGACCAGGUCCAACGGGAUCUUUCCAUGAAGAAGUUUGACUGGGAUCAUCCUCUUCACUUGCAACCCAUGAGCCCCACAACCGUUAAGCAGGUCAGCUGUGUCUGGGAUGCUUAUGAGGCAACCAAGGAUGCUCAUGGUAUUUGCAUUCUGACAGAGUGGGAUGAGUUUAAGCAACUCGACUUCAAGAGGAUAUACGACAACAUGCAAAAGCCGGCUUUUGUUUUCGAUGGAAGGAACAUCGUGAACGUGGACCAGCUGAGGGAGAUCGGUUUCAUAGUGUACUCGAUUGGUAAGCCACUGGAUGCAUGGCUCAAGGACAUGCCUGCAGUAGCGUAAAUGACAUGCACAGGUUGCAUGCCUAUGAUGGAUACAAAACGAUUACAGUUCGAGUCCAAUCUGUUUGAUUCUUUCCAGUUGAUUUUUUUAUGGCGAGGUGUGUUGUACCUUGUUUCCCCCAUAGUAAGCCAAGCAUAAUUGGAAUUUUACCGUCAUGAUGAAGAUAAAAGGAGGGCUAUGCGUUAUGCCUUCAAUUCUUCUUGUUUGUUAGGGAACUUCUGUUCUUGUUCAUUUAAAUUUCUUCCAUUUGUAGAUUGUUGAAAUUGCAUAAACGAUUUGCGCCUUUAAUGGAAUUCUUCUAUUC